CAGUCACAGAGCCAGAGUCACUCCCACUUGUUCUCCGUUAUCCGUGUUUACUGGCUCACACCGGGACACAACUGGACUGCAACAUGUCUCGGGCUGCGGAAAGACUCAAACUGCUGAUCAAUCAUCUCGAUCGAUCACCUGCCGCCAUCAGAGCUGCACCAACUUCUGCUCAAACUUACACCUACAGUCACCCACAGAGACUGAGAUACACGUGUGAUACCGACCUUCUGACCCCAGAACAGAGACUCUUCUAUGAGGAAAAUGGCUUCAUGCUCAUUAAGAAUCUGGUGUCUGCUGAGGACAUCGACAGGUUCAGGAAGGAGUUUGAACGGAUCUGUCGACGGGAAGUUGAGCCUCCAGGUCUGGUGGUGAUGAAGGACGUGGCCAUCGUUAAGUCAGAGUUUGUAGAGGAUCAAAGAGCCGUCUCCAAACUCCAGGAUUUCCAGGAAGAUCCUGAACUGUUCCGCUACUGCGUUUUACCACAGAUUCUGGAGUAUGUGGAGUGUUUCACUGGACCCAACAUCAUGGCCAUGCACACCAUGCUGAUCAACAAACCUCCUGAUGCAGGUAAGAAGACGUCUCGCCACCCGAUGCAUCAGGAUCUGCAUUACUUCCCGUUCCGCCCUGCAGACAGGAUCGUCUGCUCCUGGACAGCGAUGGAGAAAGUGGACAGACAGAACGGCUGCCUGGUGGUCCUGCCGGGGACACACACCGGCACCCUGCAGGAGCACGACUACCCUGAGUGGGAGGGUGGCGUGAACAAGAUGUACCACGGAGUGCGUAACUAUGACCCCAAGCACCCCAGGGUGCACUUGGAGAUGGAGAAGGGCGACACUGUCUUCUUCCAUCCGCUGCUGAUCCAUGGCUCUGGCAUGAACCAAACACAGGGCUUCCGCAAGGCCAUCUCCUGCCACUAUGCCAGCGCUGACUGCUAUUACAUCAAUGUGAAGGGAACCACACAGGAAAACAUAGAGAAAGAGGUGAAUGACAUCGCAGUCAGGAAGUAUGACAUGGGCAACCAUAUUGACUUAAAGGAUAGCUGGGCUUUCCGAGGUCGCCUGGUGCAAGGAGAGAGGACUUCACUAUGAAGACGCCACGGACGAGUGAUGAAAAAUCUGCCACAUUGUUGCAGAGUUACCAACGCUGAGCUGAAAUGAGAACAGAUUGAUAUGGUGAUUAGAUAAGAAGCAACAAAGCCACUAUUUCUAAUCAUACAGUCCUUAAUUUCCUUUCAUAAUGGGGGAAUGACAUUUUAGAUCACUUGUUGUUUAUUUAAUUGAGGCUUCUGAGUUUGUGCUCAUUGUAACAUUUUGGAAAUCUAGAGCAUGUUGUUCUAAUAGAAUAUAUAGACGGGAAAUAUUUAGCUAAAUGCAGCUGAAAUAUCACUUAUAAAACAGCGAAAUUGUGUGAACGCAUCCUUUAACUGUCUAUUAAAUUGUUUAAUUAACCAAAACCUUAAUGGAAAGGGAUGUUAAUGAUGAUUUAUGGCAUGUUGAUAAAGAAAAGUAAUCACUGUGUUUCAUAGAGAGGUAGAGCAAGUUGAGGAAGAGCAAAAGUCGAGUGAGAGAGAGAAUAAUGAAAGGUAUAUUUAUGCAAAAAUCUGUCAAUGAUAAUUGAUUGUAUCUCUUGUUAAUUAACACUAACAGAGGCCUUGACCUUAUACUGCCUUAUAAUGUAUCAACAUGUUAAUGUCCUCAUGUCAGUUUGUUGAUGAGAUGCUUGUUUAGUAGAAUCUUGUUGUGACAAAUGUAAUUUUUAAUAAUAAUUCAUAAUAAAAAUGACUGCUGAGA